UGCCGGCACAAAUCCCGCUAGAAAACCCUACACGGCUAAACCCUACUCGGCUGCUGCGGUGUGUUUCACUUAAUGAUCCAUGGUUCAUGGCGUCGGAUCUGCAUCAUUGAAGCUUCGAAGGGGAGCAGUUGACGUAGCAUCAGAUGGAGGUGGAGGAGGCGGCGGGGGAAUCCUCCAUUGCGCGGAAUAUCGAUCUGGGAGAGGACGAACCGUUGCUCCACGACUCGGGGGUGGAAGAUCGAGUGGCGCGACAGGAGGUUGAUAGUCGCGCCUUCUCGGAGGUUACGGAGGAUGCGCGAGAGAGGAUGCAUGACGGUGAGCGUGAGGUGAUUUCGCUGGGAGAAUCCGACGGAGAGGACGAUGCCGACGGGCAGAGCGGGAGAGAGGAGCCAGCAGAGGAAGAAGGAGCGGAGGAGGGGAACGAACGGGGUGGGGCGGAAGGCGAGAGUUUGGGCAAGACGGAGACCGUCGAGUUGGACGCUUCCUCGUCCCCAAAUUGUCCCGUUUGCUUCGAGCCGUGGAAAGGCGAGGGACUUCACCGUGUUUGCUGUGUACCCUGUGGGCAUGUUUAUGGUAGAUCCUGCCUUGAGCGAUGGCUAAAACAAUGUGGAAAGAAUGUUGGAAAGUGUCCACAAUGUAGUAAGAAGUUUAGGCGAAAAGAAAUUGUUAAUCUUUAUGCACCAGUGAUUGCUGUACCUAAUGCUGAUCUAGAAAAGGAAGUGCAAUGUUUAAAGAAGGAAAACAUGUCUCUUAAAAUAGAGAGAAAUGUAUUGCUCGAGGAGAUUAAUAAGCAAAAGAAGCGUGCAAAAGAUAUGGAAUGUUUCUUAAUAAAUAAAAUGGCUUGUGUAGAACACACGUUAUCAGGUUCGAGGGGACAGUUUGAAUUCUUUGAUAAAGCAAGGACUUCGGCAUCUCAGUCAUUUUAUGGCAAAAGCUUUGUGUCUCAAUUUGAUAAUGUGCUUCCACGCUGCUGCUUCACCUUGCAGAAUGAGCUGGAGCUACAUGAAGCACGGGUAAUGGGAAUAGAUGGAUCCAGUCACAUUGUAAUCGUCUCAGGAAAGUCCCCUGGAAUUGAACGAGAGCAUGUCCUUAACAAGAUUAGCUUGCUAAGUCAACAUGCAAGUAAAAUAGAGCUUCCUCCCAACACUAGCGCUAUUAAGGAUCUUCGUAUCCUUCCAAAUGGACUUGCACUUCUUGCAUCAUUGGGCAAGAAAUUAUUACUUUACAGUAUGGCGAGUAACAACCUUGCACUUAAGUAUGACUUACCGGCUCCUGCUUGGUCAUGCUGUGGAGAUAAAAGCAAUUCACAUAGUGUGUAUGCUGGAUUGCAGUCACAGAAUGGCAUGCUCUUGGUCUUUGAUAUCCGCCAGACCUCAGAACCCAUGCAAUUAAUAGAGGGCUUAACUAGCCACCCAGUCCAUUCUGUUGAUUCCGUUGUGCUAAAUGAUGGUAGCGGGAGGGUUUUCAGUGCUUCUUCUUCAGGUCCUUGUGUCUGGGAAGUCGGCUUUAACUGUCGAAGACCAUUUUUGAUACCAGAAAUGCAAAAUCGAGGUGUUUGCAUCUCGCUUGCCUGUUGCGGUUCAUCCGAUACUGCAGUAGCUACCUUUCGACCAAAAUUUGGACUGCUCGAUGAUAUCACGCCUUCUCAACUUUCAUCUUCUCCUGUUCUUGUUCCUCCAUCCGGAAAGGUAGGUUCUCAUGUUCUCAUCGAGGGGAUCAACGACUUAGAUUUUGAGACUCGCCAGAUCGGUACUAGUGCUGUCAGCAAUAUUCGAAUGCCCAAGUCUGCAAUCUGCUCCACGAGGGGCGACUUAUUAUUCACUUGUGGGGAUGAAACGACCAACGGAGUGCACAUUUGGCAGCUGCCGUUCUUCAACAGUCGCAUCGAACUGAAGCCUCAUCCGCAUCCUAUUCUCGAUGUGAGGUAUGAUCGACGACCUGAUGGCGAUGGCUUACUAGGUUGCAUAAGUGACAAUAGACUACAAGUGUUUAACUGCUGCUCCACUUAGUUGCUUCACUUUGUUAAAGGCACACCUAGCUCAAUGCGCUCGAUUACUCGUAAACUUAGCUGUAAAUUUACCGAAAUGUUAAUGUCUUAAGGCAAUGACUUGUGACAACACUUAACCUUUUGUGCGGUUGUACUCUUGCUCGAGGUCAUCGACCGAUGGUCUUGUAGUUUCGUUUGUUCCGAAUGUGACAUUUUUUUUGAGAGCGUA